AUUCAUUAAGCCUUUCCCUUGUAGGGAAUCCAUUACUAUGUGACAUUACCCACUGAGUAACAUAUACGUCCAUCCGGUCUCUGGAGAGAACAUCCAUUUAUUUUUGAGAAUUGUGAUCUCUGUGUGGAAUGUUGGAUUAUUCUUUCAACAGGCUGAUGUUCUUCUGAGGGCUCAAGGUAAUGUCAUUGUCUUUAACUGUGUCUAUAUUUUGCUAGUAACAACUCCUAGUCAUAUGGACGUGUUUUAUUUGGGUACAUUAAGAUUGAACAGAUCAAAUCAUUGUUUGGUUAGAUCACUGUGAACAUUUUAAUAUUGCACUCAGAAUAGCUAAAUGAUCAUGCAUUGACAUUGUACAGAUACAGGCGGAUGACAGCAGAUUGUGUUCCAUAUGCUUCAAGAACUCAUUCAUAUUAAAAUUUAAGCAGUGAAGUAUGUACGGUUACUAGGAGGUGAGGAAAUGUCAAUAACUGUAAUGCAAUCAGUCUGUUGGAUCUUGGUUUCACUAAAACUCCUUAAAGACCAGUGGUUUUACAAAUAUGUCAUCAUAAAUAGUCCAAGGGGACUGGUGAUAUGUAAAAAUGAGCAGAGCACCACAUGCACAAUGUACUCAGUAUAUAAGGGGAAACCUGCUGUUUGAGUGCAUCAUCAUAGCACAACAUAUAGAAAUCUUCACCAAGGAUGUGUGUUCAUCUUCUGAUGUUUAUGAGACAGAAUAGAGCAUCUAUGGUUUAAGUACUUACUCCAGGUUCUUAGCCUCCUCUGAUAUAAAAGCGAGUCACUGGAUUAUUCUAAGCACAAGACCCUAGUUAUGUGUUUCUGGUUUCUGCUCAGCUGUUCCACAAGGAUUUUCCUCAAUGUUUUGUAUUUCCAGUUUUUUACAUCAUUUACUGUAAUAAGGCAACAUGAAGUUAUUCACAGCAUUUGGCUAUUUUCUUUUUAAAUAUGUAGAUAAUGCAUUAGAAUUAUGCAAAAAAAAUUAUAAUUAAAAAUAAUAAUAAUAAAAAAAAAAGCUAAAUUAAAAUGAGUAGGAUUUACCUGCAGAAAUGAUUUAAUUGGAAAAAAUGAAGCAAGGUAAGUUAUCUUAAGUCUUAAAAUGCAUGCAGGUUGCCCAUAAUUUGCAAAGCCCCCUGAAAAUCACUGCUGGGUAUCCAGUGGCCGAGGUGGGCAGGGAAAAGUCAGGUUUACUUACAAGAACCUAUCCUUCAUGGGCUCCACUAUCCUUCAUGGGCUCCAUAUCCUCUUCAGCUCUUGGCACUUUAGCUGCAAGGAGUGGAUGUCAGUAUUGCUCUUUCAUGCAUUUGUGUGGAUAUAGCACUGAGGCCUAUUGAGGAUAAUGCGAGACAAGGGGAUCUUCCAGUAGAUAGAAAUGAUACGCUUGACAAAAGGUAACUCAUAGAAUGUGAUGGCAGAUAAGAACCAUUUGGCCCACCUAGUCUGCCCAAUUUUCUAAAUACUUUCAUUAGUCCCUAGCCUUAUCUUAUAGUUAGGAUAGCCUUAUGCCUAUCCCACGCAUGCUUAAAAUCCUUUACUGUGUUAACCUCUACCACUUCAGCUGUAAGGCUAUUCCAUGCAUCCACUACCAUCUCAGUAAACUAAUAUUCCUGAUAUUAUUUUUAAACCUUUGCACCUCUAGUUUAAGACUAUGUCCUCUUGUUGUGGUAGUUUUUCUUCUUUUUUUUUUAAAUUCUUUAUUUUUGUUGUGCGUAAUAUUACAAACCGCCUGGUAUAGCCAUGAUAGCUCAUGCCAGCAAUAAAGCAACAUAUCAGAAAUCAACAACAUGGCUUCUAGUGAGAUUGCACAUUUAUUUGUAGUAUUUAUGUCGUUCAGGCUAGUUUAUCACAUAUAGUUUGGAAAAGGAAGGUGUUAAGACGCCGACCCGCAUUUUAAAGUUAGCUAUCUACGGAACUUAACAGGAGCUUGAUGCCUCGUAAGACUAACUGUAAAGUAGGAGUUCUAUUGAGCCUACAGAUAUACUAGGUGAACUGAAUCUAUCAUAUUAGAAUACCACUGAGCUUUGUAGGUAAUUCACUUCAGAUGGUGUGGUAGGGUAUAUUACCAGCUAAUGUUGGCAGCAUACGGGUUGUCGAGGAGUAUUUUGUGUGAGAUUAUCAUGCUGGCCUGCUGUCGCGGAGACUAACUAUGCGGGUGGCAAAGUACAUAUAGAGUAAUAUUACAUAUGAUAGAGCAGUAAUCAUGCACAGCUUUGUAGAAUCUGCAGUCUUGGCACUUUACUCGUCAUUCUAAGCCCAUAGAUGGGGGCCGAUUGUCCAAGGGAUGAGGAGUCCGUGUGUUAAGUGAAGUGUGGUCUGGGACUGAAGGACCCGUCGUACGUUGGGAAGUAUUGCUCGUGGUUAAUGCAUUCUGGCGUGUGGUUAAUGCCUUCUGGCGUGUGGGUAGGGUUUUGACUAUGUGAGGUGAGUCUGUCAGAUGUGUGUGUGUGGUGUGGAGCCUGGGGUCUGGUUGUGAUAGUCCAUGUGGUCUCUGAGACUCCUUUGAUACCGUUGGUGCCUGAGUUUGGUGUUGGUCCCCUCUAAGGCCUUAGAGUUUUGCGGGCUUGUGGUAUCCUGUCAGGGUAUUGCGAUUCCCUGGCUGGGUCUAGUGUGAUUGUCUGCGUGUCCCAUCUGUGUUAGUUAGUACCGCCGUUGGAGUGUCGCCCUUGUGUUGUGUGGGUUUGGGUGUGUUUAGGGGUGCUAUGUUGCAGUGUAAUACCUUAUUUGUGUAAGGUAGUGGUAGUGGAGGUGAGUCUUAUCCGUCAGGUGGUUCGUGUCGACAGUGGUCUCUGCGCAUAGCGUUAGCAUAAAUCAUAACAACAAGUUAAGAAAGCAAGAAAAUAAAAACGUAAACUUGGGAAGUGCAACCAGUGAGUUUAACCAACCCAGUGAGGGUUAACUGCAAGUCUGUCUUUGCAUGCCUCUAGGAGAUGUUGCUCCCCGAGGUAUGAACAGGAUCACUGCUGCUGAGUCUCAUGUGUGGGGUGGAGAGGUAGUAGGGCCUGGUUGUGCCAUGGUCAGAGCAUCCUUUGGUUUCCCCAGAGUGGGGAAAAGAGCCCGUGCCUCCUGAAGGUCGCAGACCUAGCGUGCGCUGUAUUUUCCAUCUGUACAUGAUGCCUUUAGAUCGGAGGAGGGAAGUAAAGGUCUGGAGUGAUCUCCUCCAUGCCAUUGUGCUCCCAGAUAAGUCUGCAAAGAAUGUGAGCGGCAUGCCUUCGAAGGUGUAAGGUGCGUGGUUCUGGACGGUGGCCAUGACAGCUGCUUUGUCCUUGCCGCUUUGGAAUCUGACCAGGAGGUCUCUUGGUGCUGAGGUUGGUGCUUUAGGCAACUUUUGCAGGCGGAAUAUUCCCUCCAGUCCCACCUGUUUUGCUUGCUUAGGUGAUAUUAGCGCUGUGAGUAGUAUCCUUAGGAGGUGUGGUAGCUCUGUCUCCAGUGUGUUCUCCGAUAUACCUCUAAUUUUGAGGUUUAGUCUGCGCCUCUGGUCUUCUAGUAUUGCAAACCUUGUGUCUGAUUUCGUCCAUUGUAGUUGUAGGUCGUGAACUGCCCGUUGGAGUUCUGCUGUUUUCUGGGUGUUAUGGCGUGUGUCACUUUCCAGCGCCCCCAUGCAGCUUGUGAGACCUGGUAUGUCUUUCCGGAAGUGGGCCAUGUCGGCUUGUAUUGUGCGCUGGAGGUCUGCGAGCAGAUUCCUCAUGAUCGCCGUUGUCACCGGGGCUGAGUCUGGGUGAGAGGUGGGAGGUCUGAUGGCCCUCUGCUCCGGCGGGUAUCCCGCUGUCAUCCCCAGGGAGAUGUCAUCGGAAAUCUCUGUGUCGUCGGAGAAGUCGGCCAUUUUCGGAUCCGCGCUGCUCUGGGCCUGGUGCCAGAGGUCUCCUAUACUCAUGACCAUUUUCUGCUCUUCGGGUCUGGGUUUCUUAGUUUUUCUCCCAAUGUCGUAGGGGUCAGUUGCAGGUAUGUGAUGUGUAUUAUAAAACCUUUUUAGUUGCCAGUUAAAUCGGUUGUCUGCAUGGAGCUCAUGUAUCGUGCGUCCAUCCAGGUCAGUGGCUUGGCUCCGCCCCCUAGUUUUUCUUCUUUUAAAUAUAGUAUCCUCUUUUACUGUGUUUAUUCCCUUUAUGUAUUUAAAUGUCUCACUAAAAUUUUCAAUCUCUCCCUUUCCUCUGGCAAAUUUCUCUCCCUCUUCAAACAUGCAACUGUAACCCCGAUCCUAAAAACUUUGACCCCAACUCUCCAUCCAACUAGCGCCCUAUCUCGCUACUGCUAUUUGCCUCCAAGAUCCUCGAGAGAGUUGUGUACACCAGAUUUACUGACUUUCUCGAAUCCAACCCCCUUCAGUCUGGAUUCCGCUCUAGUUAUUCUGUUGAAACGGCUGUGACCAAAGUAUCCAACAAUUUAAUUGCUGCUAAAUCUCAUGGCCAUUACUCUAUCCUAAUUCUCCUUGAUCUUUCUGCUGCCUUUGACACUGUUGAUCAUCAAUAGCUUCUUCACAUUCUCCGUAAUUUUGGUUUACAGGAUACUGCUCUCCUGGUGCUUCUCCUACCUCUCCCAGCGCUCUUUCAGUGUUUAUUUCUCUAACUCUGCCUCUUCCCCCCAACUACUCUCGGUCGGUGUCCCCCAAGGUUCAGUAGGGGUACUGUUCUCUAUCUAUACUGCCUCCCUUGGUAAACUCAUCAGCUCCUUUGGCUUCCGUUAUCAUUUCAAUGCAGAAUCUACCUGUCCUUUCCUAAUCUCUCUGUCAUCAGAAAUAAUUACCCCUAAAUCCUUUUCCUCAGAUGUUGAGGUUAGGACUCUAUCAAAUAUUUUGUACUCUGCCCUUGGGUUUUUACAUCUAAGAUGCAUUAUCUUGCACUUAUCCACAUUAAAUGUCAGUUUCCACAACUCUGACCAUUUUUCUAGUUUACCUAAAUCAAUUGCCAUUUGGCUUAUCCCUCUUGGAACAUACACCCUGUUACAUAUCUUAGUAUCAUCAGCAAAAAUACAUACCUUACCAUCAAGACCUUCUGCAAUAUCACUAAUAACAAUAUUAAAGAGAAUGGGUCCAAGUACAGAUCCCUGAGGUUCUGUCUUACUUGGUCACAGGCCUCCCUCCACACUAGGUCACACACAGCAGUACAUAAAUCACUGGUGACAAGCCCAUGCCUCGAAUAUACUCCAUUGACUACAACCAUCUGUUGCCUGUCACUCAGCCACUGCCUUGCCCAUUCAACAAUUUUGGAAUCCAAACAGUUUAUUGAUAAGCCAAUGUGCAACAGUGUCAAAUGCCUAUCUGAAAUCUAGGUAAGCAAUGUCUACUGGACCACCCUGAUCUACUAUUUUAGUUACCCAAUCAAAAAAUUCAAUAAGAGACAACAUGGCUUUACUUCAUACAUCUCCCUGAAGUAAACCUAUGUUGUCUCUGAUCUUGAAAUCCAUGUGUUUUUAGAUGUUCAACAAUCCUAUCCUUUAACAUGGUUUCCAUCACUUUCCCCACUACUGAAGUAAGGCUUACUGGCCUAUAGUUGCCCAACUCUUCCCCACUACCUUUCUUGUGAAUUGGCACAACAUUCGCUAACUUCCAAUCUUCUGAGACUACUCCUGUUAACAAUUAUUUUUUAAAUAAAUCUGUUAAUGGUUUUGCUAGUAAACCACUAAGCUCUUUUAAUAAUUUUGGGUGUUUCCAUCAGGUCCCAUUGACUUAUUUGUCUUUACUUUUGACAGUUGAAAUAGAACCUCUUCCUCUGUAAACUCACAUGUAACAAAUGCCUCAUGUGUCCUUUUUCCUAACUGAGGCCCCUUUCCUUCAUUUUCAUCUGUAAAUACUGAACAAAAAUAUUAAUUGAGGGAGUCAGCUAGACCUUUAUCCUCUUCUACAUACCUUCCUUCUUUUGUUUUUAAUCUAACUAAUCCUUGUUUUACUUUCCUUUUCUCAUUUAUGUAUCUAAAAAUGUUUUGUCACCCUUUUUUAGUGACUGUGCUAUUUUCUCUUCUGUGUGUGCUUUGGAGGCUCUUAUAACUUGCUUAGCCUCUUUCUGCCUAAUCUUAUAGAUCAUUCUGUCUUCCUCACUCUGUUUUUUUUUACAAUUACUAAAUGCUAACUUUUAGUUUUUUUACUAUUUUGGCCACAUCUGCGGAGUACCACAGUGGUUUCUUAAUUUUUUUGCUUUAACUGACAAGCCUAAUGCAAUUUUCUGUUGCCUUCAGGAGUGCAACUUUGAAACUUUCGUCAAGCUUAGAUAUAAAAUUGAGACCAAAUAUUUUAGAGAUAAAGUAUUCUAUCUUUAUGAAAUUCUCAUUUUGUUGGGGACAGGGAUGGGAUGGCAUAACAUCUUACUUACUUAAAUCAUUACUUUAAAGCGCCUGCCCAGCAGAGGUCUAUCAGAUGUAGUUCGUCACUGGCAGCAUUUUCAUGCAUGGACAUAUGUGAACUAAUGUAUUGUCGAUAUCAGGCAUGGUAUUAGCAUGGCUUAGCCGCGGACAGAGGUAGAGGAACUUUUUACAGAGAGCACCGAACUGCUUCCUGUCAGACUGGGGAGAGAAAAAUAAGUUCCUCUAUCCAUGUCCGUGUCUGGGCCACACUACAAGAGGGAGGGAUGUGAGCUGGCAUGGGCAUGACAGAAAAAGACAAGGGCUGUGGGGAGGACAGAAACAGACAAGGGCUGAGGGCAGGACAGAAACAGACCAGCGCUGGGGGGAAAACACCCAGAGGGGCUAAGGGGAUGCACAAAAUGGGUUGAGGGGACACAGGCAGACACAAAAUAUAUUGAUAAGACACAGGCAAAGACAAAGGGGCUGAUGGGACACAAGCAGACACAAAGUGGCUGCGAGGACACAACGAGAAGGGGCAAAAGAGACAGAUAUGGUUUGGGAGGAUUCAGAGAAUUGGGGAAGGGGUAGAGACACAGAGGGGCUGGGUGGAGACAAAGAGACACACAGGGGCUUGAGGGAGAAAGAGACAAGGUGCUGGGAAGGAAGGAAAGAAACACCCACUUAGGGCUGAGGGGAGUAAAAGACAGACAGAUGGGCUGGGGGGAGAAAGAUACACACAAAGGAGAGGUAUUAGAAACUAAAAAAGAAACACACACUCUGCAUCCACUAUACACACACACACUGCAUCCACUAUACACAUACACACACUGUGCAUCCACUAUAAACACGCACACACACAAAAUGCAUUCACUACACACACUGCAUACUAUACACAUGGGGGGCUUCUAUUUUUAAAUAUUAUAAGGAGGGACCUGUGAGCUUAAGAUUUAGUAGGUAGUAAUGCUUAACUGACUCAGGAUUCAAGGAACAGAUACUUGCUAGGCUGUCUAUCACACAGAGUGCAAAAGCUAGACAUGCUGAACUGUUGUACCCCGAUUGCUGACAGGUGCAUAGUAGAAAACGGAAAACAUGAGAAUAGUACUUAUAUUGCUAAAACAAGCUGGCUCUGCAACAUACGCCUAACUGUAGAGAAGCAAUAAGCGGUUCAAUUCAAUUGUCAUAACUGGCUUGUGAGUCCAAGGUAAAGCCUGUCUGGCAUCAUAUUCAAUAACAUUUUUAAGUAAAGGACUCAUGCCAGGAGAUAUGUCUGGAGCUUAGACAAAAUUACUUGUGUUAGGCAAGGCAUGUUUAGUAGCAGAGAUAGCAUGUAAUCAAGUCUCAACCGUCUUGCAUACAAAGUAUGAAAGUCACCAGUCUGUUGUAUCGCUGCAGGUUAAAGGCAGAUGACGGUCAGCUGUGCGGCCUAACUCGUGGGUAGUCUCAUGGGCAGUCAGCCGAUGCCUAUACUGGGCAGGGGGGUGCCUUGCGUCUGAAGUGUCCGUAUGGCUUCUGCAAACCCUGCUCUCCCAGCGCCUCAGUGUGGUGUGUCUGUCUCCCUUGCCGCAGCGCGCUGCUCGGUUUUAGCCUUGGGUCGCCGCAUGGGAGCUUGUUGGUUUGUGGUGUUGUGCUUUGGCAUGUUGCCAAGGCCUUGGGGGUACCCAGCCCUCUCCUUACCCGUGUGUGGAGGUGGGUGUGUAUCCCCGGGUCGGUGAGGUUUGUUUCCCGCCCUGUCGUGGGUCGAUGCCUGUGUGGCCAGACUGCCUUCCUGAAGGUCCGCAGUGGGUCUCCUUAUCGGCGUCGGGAUUGUCUCCCUUGCUUUCGAUGUUAGCCUGCUUAUCUUGUGGGGGCCGGGAUAUCCCCCACCGGUCCGGGGGGGGGGAGGGGGGUAGGAGGAGGUCAGUAGUGCUUUCUGGGGUAUCCGGUGUCGAAGAGGGCGGCCGCCUCUCCCCGGCUCCAACUCCUGCAGGCCUCAAUUUGCAUUGCGGUCUAUGUGCCCCUACAGGUUCUAAAAGGGUAUCCCCCGAUUCUUUGGAGCUCCCCCGACGUGGGUAGAGUCUCCUGGUAGGUCUUUGGGCUACACAGCUGCUAAUAUCGCCUUAUUUUCUGCUCGCCCGCUGGGAGCUCCUUCCCCACACAUCUGUUCAGCUUGGCAGUCAGAAUCCGCCCCUCUAGUGUUCCUUUAAACUAAAUUCAUAAUUUGGAAAUUCUGUAGUUGAAAUAACUGUAUAAAAGGGGGAUCACAACGUCAAUUAUCUAUAUAUUUUUAGAAUAUUGUGUAUUUAAUAAACUGAUUGUUUUUCAUUUUUUAUUUCUCUUGCAGGAAUUAAUCAUUCUAAAUGAAUCAAAUGUAAUGAUUAAAUGUCUGCUCAAGAAUAUAUAACAUGGAAGAUAAACAAGGUAAAGUUUAAAAUAAUACAUUUUAGUAGAAAAUUGUCACUAUUUUAACAAUUGAAGUUACUUUACGAUUCCAUCAUGUACGUUUGCUUGAUUGUUAUCCCCAUUAUGUUCACAGAGAAACCUACCAAUGAUGACUUUAUGGUACCAGCCAUCCUGGAAAGGCAAUAUAUACCUCCUUAUCUAACAAAUGUGGCUUGGGAAGGCUUCACCUUUGCUGGUCAUGAGAUAAAAAUUGUGGAAGCGACAGAUUUGUAUGGAGCUACAGUUUGGCCCUCAGUAUGUUUGGAUCUUUAUUUCAUAUUAAGAUUUAGAGUUCUAUAAGAAAAGUGAUUCUGGGGCAAAAGCAGAAAAUUCACAAUAGAAUUCAAUGGACAGUUUCUGCUUAUUGCUCUGCUUUAGAACUCUGUCCUGAUUGCUGUUUAUAUAUAAUUUCACCGGGUGUUUUAAUAAACAGGAGAUGAGAAUUUUAACAUAUUACAAUGAGAAUCUCUAUUGGACUCUAUUGUAGACAAACUUACAAAGUCUCAGUGCGCAACACCAAAUAGGUACCACCACACUCUAACACCUGUGUGGUCACCUCUCUCUUCACACAAAAAGCAAAAUGUAUACAUACAAAUCAGGGGGAGUGUACAGGUGGACUUUUGGUUCAGGUAACACAGACAACUGAAAGCAUAUAAAAACAGAACACAACCUAAAUGCAAUAUAUGAGGUAGACAGCAAGGAUGAAUAGCAGGCCUGCUAUUUAUCCUUGCUGUCUACCUCAUAUAUUGCAUUUAAUGUUUAUUUCAACUUUUCUGUGAAUGGUUUUACACAUUCCUUUGGAUUUUUAUUCUAUAUGCUAUUAUAAGUGAAUUCCUAUUCUUUCAUCCAUUUUUCGGAAUUAAGCACAGAGUGUGGACAUUUAAAUGGACAUUUGAAUGGACAAUAGAGAGUUUUUUUGAAGGUGGAACGCAUGUGCGUUCCAAGUGUAUUCCGAAGGUGGAACGCAUAUGCAUUCCAUACACAGAUCUCAACCGGAAGCGCAUCACUAGAUGGAGGACGGUGGGGAGAUACAUUAUAGGAAAAAGCCAGAAGUCACCCAUGGCUGCCACAGGAGACCUGGGUCAACAAUUAGAAGGGGGCCAUAUAAGACUAACGCAAGAGGAAGAAGCCCAUGCAACCGAUUAAGCCUAUUUAGGCGAAACGCGUUUUGCAAGCAUCUUUUAUUUACGUUUUUAGAGACCUUGCAGUAUUCAUUGCUUGUUAUUUUCUAUUUAUGUUUCAAUAAAUCAGAUUUUAUUUUCAUCUUUUGAAGCCCUGGAUUGUCAUUGAGUGGAGGAUUUUUUGGCAUACUACCCUAUUCUAUUCAAUAGAGGGAGUGGGAUCCCUUCUUAUAUUCCCACCAGCCUGCACAUUGAGCCUAACUGAGUUGGCUCUGGACUUGUGAGUACAACACCUUCAGAUUAUUAUAACAGUAUAUCUAUCAGACUGUAUUGCACUAGGUUGUGUUCUGUUUUUAUAUGCUUUCAGUUGUCUGUGUUACCUGAACCAAAGGUCCACCUGUACACGCCACCUGAUUUGUAUCUAUUUAUCUAUUGCAUGAUGUGUUUGCAUACUCUGAUGUGGGAACAUUUGUUUAUUUAUUCAUAAAAUAUUUUACCAGGAAGGAUACAUUGAGAUUUCUCUUGUUUUCAAAUAUGACCAUAUAUUCAAAGUGGUGCAUUGAAGGAACACAACUAGUACCAUAACCUCUACAGCUGCCUGUAGUGAUUUUAGUGCCUCCUUAUUCUAAGGAGUAUUGAAAGUGUGUUUUCUCAAAUAACAAUAGCUGAAAUAAUAGCUAAAACUAUUUAUUCAUUUGUGUUGCUCAUUCUCUGGUUAUUUCCUGUUUAUAUAUAUCUUAUACACUGGUUCAAGAUUCUAAUGCAUAUUCAUAGUUUUAACCCAGAAAACAGGCCAUGUUUUGGAUCUUUUCUUCUCUUUUAAGUUAAAUGGCAGCAUGUCUCAUGAUCGUUCUGUCCAGUUGCUUUUGUAGGUGUAAAAUCCGUAGGUAAAGCUCAUUGUUACAAGCCUGCACCAUCUCACCUACAGCAUACUAGAUCUUAAUUAUACUUUCUACCCCUUUCCUCUAGUAGUACUUCUUUAUCAAAAUACCCUGGGAUAGUCUUGCUGUCAUAUCCAGAAAUCCAUCCAGUGGCUGAUCUGUGAGACAACUCCUGAUUGUCAGUAUACUUCUACAUAGAGGCCAACAUUUGACUCAAAACUGAUAUAUUACCAUCUUUUGCCAAAAACAGAUCUUAAAUCUUUCUUUAACACUCCCCUUAAAUCUGUCACCAAUUGGACGCUGUACUAUAUUAUCCAAGGGGAGAGGGGUUCAAUUGAACAAGACCAUUACGAAAGCCAUUGGUGAAUCCUUAAUGAUUAAUAUAUACUUGAAUUUCUCAAAUCAUGUAUUACAGUCAAUCUUUUAGCUAGCUUCCUCGAUGUUGCCUUGUGGUUUCACCAUCACAUCACCAGUUGUCCUAUCACAGAUUUUUUUUUUUGCUUGAUUUCAUAUAUUUCUGUGCAAUCAUGAAAAUACAAUCUAGCUUAUAAAAAUAAUUACCUGUAUACUAAUAACUCUCGCAGGUUGAAGCUUUAUCUUAAAGUUAUGUAAAAACAGAACAUACAUGAAAUUUCAACUUCUCUAGCUUUGGCCCUGUUGCUCAUGUAGUUUCUGGAUCUAUUUAGCAUACUUAAUCAUUGACAUUUUUGCUCUAAUUUUACAGGCCCUUGUAUUGUGUUAUUUCUUAGAAAAAUAUGGAGAACAGAUUUCUAUAGAAGACCAGCAUGUUAUUGAACUAGGAGCUGGAACUGGACUUGCUUCAAUAGUAGCUAGUCUAAUGGGUAAGUGGUUAUUGGUUCACACUUUUAAAUUUCCUUCUUUCUAUAAAAACUUGAGAAUUGGCCAACAGAGCGAAAAAAGGAGUAGUAGUACCAAAAUGAUCUCUAUAAAUUUUAUAUAUAUAUAUAAAUAUUGUUUUAAUUAAUUAUUUAUUUAUUUAAUUUUACUGCUCCUUCUCUUUUUUUUUUCUCUCUUGGUUUUUUUUUCAUUUAAUCUGUGAUUCAAAUGGUGAGAAAAUACACCUACCAGUGUACUGAAAAAUAUAUACACACAUUAUUAUGUUAUAUGCACUGGCCCAUUCCAAAAUGCCACAGGGGAAAUUGGAGUGGCAAGAACUUGACGUAUUCCACUUCAAGCCCCUGCACCUCAUAUGUCUAUUUUGAUGCAAGAAUCAUUGCCACAAAAUAGCAAGAACCAUCUGGAAACAGGACCAAAAGACAUACUCAGUGGAGUACACACAAUCCAUUGGGCCCCGGUGCGAAACUGAUCCAUUGCCCCCCAGCCGAUCCGUGCCCCCCCCCCGAUACGUUGGCCCCCCCAGACACAUACAUACAGACAUGCAUACAGACACACAUACAUACAUUAAGACACAUACAUGCACACAUACAGACAGACAUGCACACACAUACACCCCCCGACAGGCACAGACACAUACAUACACACACACACACAGACACACACACACACACUCACAUACAGAGACACACACAUACAGACACACACAUACAGACACACACAUACACACAAACAGACACACACAUACACAAAAUGUUUAAGUAACCCUCCUGUUUCCUACCUUUUGCAGGAGUGUGACGUUCCCUGGGGUCCAGUGGGGGCUCAGCCUGAUGUUCCCACUCUGACUCCCUCCUUUCCUUCCUCACGCGCAGCUCUCUGAUAGCUGGGAGGAGUGACUGGGGCAGUCACUUCCUCCCAGCUCUGUCUGAUGUCAUCUGAUGCUGCAGCACUGACCGGGCCACCUAAAAAUCCAUAUCCAUCGGUUGGCCCUAACAGCAUGGGCUACCCGAUGGGCCCCUUCAUGUGCGGCCUUGGUGGUUUGCCGCACGGGCCAGGGAUGCAAAACAUGGCGGUGGGUCCUUGGUCGCAGGGGUCUGCAGGGCGGCCGGGCCCCCUGGAGUGACGGGCCUGGUCGCAGCUGCGACCCCUGCGACCGCGGUAUGUACGCCAGUGGACAUACUGAAGAUUUAAAGUUCACGCAGAAUACAGUAGAUUGGAUCAUGGGUAUCUAUAUUCGCUGUAUCAUGGCUCUCAUAACGUGAUUGCAAAUACAUAUUUCAUCUUUUUUUUGAGUUUAGAUGAAAUAAAGCUAAUGUUAUAUAGUCAUGUAGGUUGAAAACAGACUAAAGUCCAUGAUGUUCAACAUUGAAACCCAUUCUUUUAGGCUGCUGAUCAAAAAGAAGGCAAAAACAAAAAAACAAGUGUAGCCAUUUCCAAUUAAGCCGCAAAAAAUAAAUAAAAAAUCUUCUUGACUCCAUAAUGGCAAUCAGAUUUCUCCUUGGUUCGACAACUUGUUUACAUACAUAUUAAUUAUAUCCUUGAAUACUCUGUUUAUGCAAAAAAACAUCUAAGCUGGUUAAUGUUUGUUAAUACACACACAUAUUGCCAUUUUAGCAAAAUAUGGCAUAAUAUACACACACAUAUUGCCAUUUGCAUGCAUUAUAGGGACACUCUAAGCAGUAGAACCACUACAGCUUAAUGUAGUGGUUCUGGUGUAAAGAAACCAUAUCUGCAGCCUCAGCAGAGUAAACAUUGCCUUUUCUGAGAAAUGGGGAUUAUGCUAUAUCAAUGUGUGAUUGUGACCCUGAUUUGUAGAACCCUACAUAUUUAAUUUAAUGGGCUAUUUUUCUACAUGCACUUUUAUAGGAGCAAAAGUUACAGCAACGGAUCUGACGGAACUCCUUGGAAACCUACAAUAUAAUGUUUAUCGAAACACCAAACUGAAAUGCAAACAUGUUCCUCAAGUGAAUGUGCUAAAUUGGGGAUCUGAGCUGGAGGAGAAAUUUCCAAAAUCCUCAUUAUGUUUUGAUUACAUUCUUGCAGCCGAUGUGGUUUAUAAUCACCCCUAUCUGGAGGAGCUGUUAGCAACAUUUGAUCACUUAUGCCAGAAUCAUACCACUAUCUUCUGGGCAAUGAAAUUUAGAAAAGAAAAUACAAUUAUAGAGAAUAAUUUUUUUGCCAAAUUCCAGAAAAUGUUUGACAUGGAGGUUGUUUAUGAUUUGCCUACUCUAAACAUUAAACUAUACAAAGCAAUAAGAAGAUGUAAAAUCAAUGGUUAUUUUACAGAAUGAGAUGGCUAUUAUCUUAAAGAGGGCAUAUAGAGUGCACAUGAUAUUACAAAUACCUUCCCUAUGUUGAAUGGCGCACACUUUUACCUGUUAGAACAAGUUGGAGGUAGCUGGAUGCUAUUGGUUAAAUAUUUUGCAUAGCUGGGUCAUAGUCAUCCCAUGUAUUUUGAAGUUGACUGACAUCUCACUACUGGGCAGUCCACUGCUGGUGGCACCUUUGGAUCUAACAGAUGGAUCUACCGCAGCCUUCAAGGGAUAAACAAGGGAUGUAAAGAUACUGGGUCUUUAAGAUGUUCCAGUUUUAUCAAGAGCCUAGUAUCCCCAACCACCACCAUGAAAUAUUGGCAUGUAGUAUUAUGGUGAUCCUCUUGUGGUCUUCUCUUGAAAGCAUAAAAACAGCAGGCACUAUUUCUGCCAUCUUUCAGUAUCCAGCCUAACCAUUGCAACAGUUUCUUAUUGUUUUCUGAAAUAUGUAGAGCUCUAGUCGUAGAUUGCUAAGGAAUGCAACAUACUAGCACGUCCUAUGGUGCUUUUUUUUCUGAAAGGCAUGUCACUGUACCAGGGAGGAUUCCAUAAGUGGUUAUGACCAUGGUUUAUUGGUUUUCUUUUGCAUUUUUCUGAAAGGAAUGGAAAUGUAUAUAUUUUCUCCAAGGUCCUAUGUGUGUCACUGCGCAUAGACAUCUUUGUGCACGAUGCAAAUCAUCAGGGUAGUCAGCUGGUUAACUGUAGCCUGUCUGUUUCAGUUUAGUCUCUGUCAUCAAUGAGUUGUUUUCAACCUUUUGCUGGAGGGUCUUAUAGCUGUGGACCAUCCUUAAAGAAAUUCCAUCAUUAGCACCUUAUGAACCAAAAUAUAACACUUCCAUUCAUUAGUUAAGUUUGCUGUCAGGCAUACCUGUUCUGAUUUUAAAAUGACUGAACAGCUAACUUUGGAUCAUACCAUUCACAUGGAUUCAAUCAAAAAGAGUAAAUAGUUUAUGAAGAAGUAUGUUUAAAACACAACUGGAGGAUGGGAUUAGUCACUAUAAAGCUGUUCAAUUUUAGUAAUAUGUCAAGGAGUUACCUUUGUUAUGCUAUGACUAAUAAAUAUGACUCUCUCUCUCAAUGUAGAUAUAAGUCUGAUGAUUAAUUAUGUGUUUUUGGUUCAUUUUCUUCCUUGUUCAUCCCAUACAUUAGGGAGCAAAAUAGUUCGGCAUUGCUUUUCAUCAUUGUCUUGUCAUUAAAGGGACAUGGUAGGCACUGUAACUUAUUCAUCUCAUUCAAAUAGUUAUAGUGUCUGGAGUGACCUGGUGCUGUCUUUUCAUGUAGCAUAAAAC